AUGGCAGAGAAUAGUGAACAAGCAAUGAUUUCACAUUUGAUGUUAUCUGACUUUCGUCAAAACAAUCAAAUUGAAAAAUAUUUCAAUUGGAAUAAUAAUAUUAAGACGAUAAAUCGAUUGGGGCCUCGUGGAAAUGUAGCAUUACAUGUUGCUAAUUAUCAUGGAUACAAUGAAAUUAUUCAAAUAUUUCUCACCGAUAAUGCAUUACAAUCAUUUAGAAAUAUGUCAUAUCCAUUAUUACCCUAUGAUGAAUCCACCAUGGAUGAAAUAAAAAGAUUAUUUCGAAAAGAAUCCAACUUAUUUUGUUUGCAAGAUGAAAAUCAAGAGCAUGAUUAUAUUGAGUGGUCAUUGGUUGGUGACAAUUUAAUACAAAAGCGUCAACAAUUUCGUGAACAAAUUGAUUUAUAUAAAACUUAUGAUAAUCAGCAUCAUUUAGUCACAAAAUUAUUAAUUGAAAUAAUUGAAUAUUAUUUAAAUGAGUACUUGAUCCAAAACGAACAUUUUUCCAGAAAUGAAAUAGAAAAAUUGGAAUUUUAUUUUAAACAAGCUAUUAAAGAACAAAAUUAUCUAAAAUAUUUUAUACAAGCUUAUACAUUAACAAAUAAUUUUCAUCAUGUUUUAAAUAAACAUCUAGCAUUGUAUAUACUAGACUAUUUUGAUGCAUCAUCCUACUCUUCACCGCCAACAAAAUAUCGCUUAAUUAAUUGUUUGGUUCAUAUUAUUACAUUGUUAAUUCAUCAUCCAGAUAUAUAUAAAUAUAAAUUCAAAGGUAUGACUUAUCGCGGUCUAUUAAUGACCGAAAAUGAUUUAAAACGCUAUAGUAUUGGUACUCACAUAUUAAAUCGAUCAUUUGUUUCAACGUCAAAAAAUCGUUCAGUUGCUCAAAUGUUUGCUGGUAAUAGUCUACAAACUUUGACAAAAGUGUCUGUUUUAUUAAAAUAUACAACUAAACAAAAUCACACAGCCAUUGAUAUUGAACACCUAUCAACGAUCAAAGAUGAAAAAGAAGUAUUAAUAUUACCAUUUUCAGUAUUUCAAAUCAAAGAUAUAAUUAAAAAUGAUCCAAAAAUGUCUCCACCAGCAUUAUUUGAAAUUGAAUUGGAAGAAUGUGAAGAUGAUGAACUAAUGAAUAAGAAAGAGAAAAAAAGUAUCUGCCCAUUGAUCGUAAAUCGAUCGGUUUGGAAUGCUACUAAACCAAAAAAUAAUUAUACUAUGUUGUCACCACCUGUUCCACAUGUUGCAAUACAUCAUACAACUGGUCCACAAUGUACAACUUUUUAUUCUUGUGUAUUACAAGUACAACAUUGGCAAAAAUUUCAUAUGGAAACAAAACAAUGGGAUGAUAUCGGGUAUAACUUUUUAGUUGGUGGUAAUGGUUACAUAUUUGAAGGCAGAGGUUGGAACCAUACAGGCGCACAUUGUAAAGGUUUUAAUCCAACAUCAGUAGGUAUUGGUAUCAUUGGUGAUUUGAUUUCUGUUCGACCCUCAAAAUCGUCAUUAAAUGCUGUGAAAUCCUUAAUUAAAUGUGGUAUUUCAUUUGGUUUUAUUCAAAAAAAUUAUACACUCGUUGGACAUGAAGGUUUUGGUAUUCCAGAAUCCUAUAUGUUUAAUGUGGAUACGUCCCACCCUGUUGCACACUAUUGUAAUAGGUCAACGGCAACUGUUUCACGCAAAUAA